GACUUCAAAAACUUCCCAAUCAGUUAGUCAAUUUGAUAUAUUUCAUACCAGACGGUGCUUGUUGUCUGCAUCAGAUAUAUAUUUCCUAGUCAUGGAGCUAUCUCAACUGGAUGAGCAGUACAACUGGCGCAGGUCCGUUUUGGGCAUGCGCGAAGAGACUUUCGGGAAGCCAUGGAACUACAACUUUCGCGUGCCGAGCAAUCCUGCCCAGCUUUUCAAGUGGCUGCUGUCAUUGGAUCUGCCCAUGCUGGAGGAUGAGACUCCGCCCUGGAGUUUCUAUUUCGAUUUACUGGAGGCCAAGGACAUUGAGCUGGAGCGUUGUGUUCACAGUGGAAAGCUUCUCGUGAGCCUCGCAAUCCAGACAAUGGAUGGGGAUGAGCCACGUCUGGAGGUUCCUUUGGCAGCCGAGAGUCUGGAACCAGGUUCCCGAGAGUCUGGAGAUGAUGUUCCUCCUUCUAUAAAUAUAGUAGCAGUCCCACCUCAUCUUGCAAGUCCAUGCCCAUCUGAUGAUGAAAAGCCAUCGCAAUCAAAUGAUCUGGUAACCCUGCCAAGAUUGGUGGAAAUCGGAACUGGUCCGGAUGAGCCGCCAAUCGUAGCCACUUUUGAGGAGAGGGGAACUGCCACCGAUCCAGUUGGCGUUCCGGAGGUUAUAGCACCACCACCCGAGGAGCCACCGCCGCCCAGCCAUCGCUCCUUUUGCGGUCUGAUGAAAAGGGCGGUGCUGGCCUUGUCCCUGGUGCACAGCCUCUAUGCCCUGUCCCAGAUCGCCCUCGGACCCUCCGUGGCCGGCGGAUGGGAGUCCUUUGCCGGGGUCCCUACUCCGCCGCAGAUGGAGGAGACCUCCUGGUCGCUGACGGCCUGCAUCUGGCAGCACAUGGCCAGCAAACUGGAGGGGCUGCGAAGUCGGUUCCCUUAAGUCCGCUCCUGGGAUCGCAGAUAGUUUCGUUCCGGUUAUUUAUAAACCCAUCCCGCUAUUUUUAUGCCUCAAGACUCAGCUACGGACCCACUUCCAGACGAUUCCUUUGCCGUACAUAUUGUUGUUCUUAUUGCUGGCGGCGUUAGAGAUUACGGGCAAAUCACGGAGAGACCUAAAAUACGGACUACUGUUGUUGUUGCUGUUGCUAUUGUUGUUAUUAUUGUGUACCCAAGACAACGAUCCGGCUUGGCGAUAAGCCUCAAAACCUACACGAAUCUCGGUCAAUAGCUCUCCGAUCCGUAGCCAAAUAAAUACCCAGUUC